UGGCCCCGGGGUGCGGAGCUGGUGCCCGGCGUGGAGAUCCGCGAGCGCAGCCAUGCCCCAGGCCGCCUCCGGGGCAGCAGCGGCGGCGGCGGCCGGGGCCGGGGCGCGGGCCGGAGACGCCGGAGGGCCGGCGAGGACCCGGGAGGGACGAUGAAGCGGCAGAAUGUGCGCACGUUGGCUCUCAUCGUGUGCACCUUCACCUACCUGCUGGUGGGCGCCGCGGUGUUCGACGCGCUGGAGUCGGAGCCGGAGAUGAUCGAGCGGCAGCGGCUGGAGCUGCGGCAGCUGGAGCUGCGGGCGCGCUACAACCUCAGCGAGGGCGGCUACGAGGAGCUGGAGCGCGUCGUGCUGCGCCUCAAGCCGCACAAGGCCGGCGUGCAGUGGCGCUUCGCCGGCUCCUUCUACUUCGCCAUCACCGUCAUCACCACCAUCGGCUAUGGCCAUGCGGCGCCCAGCACGGACGGAGGCAAGGUGUUCUGCAUGUUCUACGCGCUGCUGGGCAUUCCGCUCACACUAGUCAUGUUCCAGAGCCUGGGUGAACGCAUCAACACGUUCGUGAGGUACCUGCUGCACCGUGCCAAGAGGGGGCUGGGCAUGCGGCACGCCGAGGUGUCCAUGGCCAACAUGGUGCUCAUCGGUUUCGUGUCGUGCAUCAGCACGCUCUGCAUCGGCGCUGCUGCCUUCUCCUACUAUGAGCGCUGGACCUUCUUCCAGGCCUAUUACUACUGCUUCAUCACCCUCACCACCAUCGGCUUCGGCGACUAUGUGGCGCUGCAGAAGGACCAGGCGCUGCAGACGCAGCCGCAGUACGUGGCCUUCAGCUUCGUGUACAUCCUCACGGGCCUCACGGUCAUCGGCGCCUUCCUCAACCUCGUGGUGCUGAGAUUCAUGACCAUGAACGCCGAGGACGAGAAGCGUGACGCGGAGCACCGCGCGCUGCUCACGCACAAUGGCCAGGCUGUCGGCCUGGGUGGCCUGAGCUGCCUCAGCGGUAGCCUGGGCGACGGCGUGCGUCCUCGCGACCCAGUCGCGUGCGCGGCGGCCGCGGGCGCUGUGGGCAUGGGCAUCGGUGGCAGCGGCUUCCGCAAUGUCUACGCCGAGGUGCUGCACUUCCAGUCCAUGUGCUCGUGCCUCUGGUACAAGAGCCGCGAGAAGAUGCAGUACUCCAUCCCCAUGAUCAUCCCGCGGGACCUCUCCACGUCCGACACGUGCGUGGAGCACAGUCACUCGUCGCCGGGAGGCGGCGGCCGCUACAGCGACACGCCCUCGCAUCCCUGCCUGUGCAGCGGGACGCAGCGCUCGGCCAUCAGCUCGGUGUCCACCGGCCUGCACAGCCUGGCUGCCUUCCGCGGCCUCAUGAAGCGCAGGAGCUCGGUGUGAACCACAGCCAGGCCUGGAGCACCUGUGAGCCAGCAGGGUGGGGGACCUGCCUGCAGAAGCCGCAGGAGUUGGCCAGGAGGCCCCCCCCAAAGACGCCUUCGGGCCCCAUGGGAAGUCCCCAGCCCAUCACCACCACCACCUCUACUCUUCCCCAGCCCCUAAAUCUCCAAUUGUGCGGGCUUUCACCAGCUAGCAGGAGGCCGGGCUCUGAGGACCCCUGGAGCUCCCAUCGGAGCCCGAAGAAUUCCGAGAAAUGUGAAACUUAGGGGGUGGGGAGACGGGGAAAGCAGCCGCGGGGAGCUGCUGAGAAGUUCCCCAGUCCUCAGAGGCCCCGCUGGGCCCCAGACCCCUCACCUCCCGAGGGAACUAAUGUUCUCGGUUUUUGUUUUCUGUUUUCUGUUUUGGUUUGGUUCUCUCUCUCUCUCUCUCUCUCUCUC